AUGGCACCAAGCACACUCUUCCGCUCGGAGGAGAUGUCUCUUAUUCAGUUAUAUAUCCCUGCUGAAGUAGCUCAACCUUGUGUUGCUGAACUAGGUGAACUUGGCAAAGUGCAGUUUAGAGACCUCAACCCUGAAGUCAACGCUUUUCAACGCUCUUUUGUAGCAGAAAUAAGAAGAUUAGAUGAAAUGGAGCGUCAAUGUCGUUUCCUUCAAACACAACUUCAGAAAAACGAUAUACAAGCUCGCCCUUUGACACCUGCUGCUUAUCGUUCCCGUGCUCGCUCAGCUCAGGAAGUCGAUGAACUCGAAGAGAAUUUAAAGGAAUACGAAGGUCGUAUUUCUCAAAUGAACUCUUCUUAUGAAUCCCUUCAACGUCGCUAUCUUCAGUUGACAGAACUUCGUCAUGUCUUGAGAGAAUCUUCUACCUUUUUUGAACAGGCAAGUGGAAAUAAUUUUAUACAGGAAACCAUUCGCAACUCAUUGGACGAACAAGACGAUUCUGCACCGCUAUUGGAAAACGACGUGGAACAAGUUCAUUAUGACCUUGAGCAUAUGCACCUUGGCUAUGUUACAGGUGUCAUUGCUCGUUCCAGAAUGCAAACAUUUGAACGUGUACUCUGGCGCUCACUUCGCGGUAACUUGUACAUGAAAUCUGCUGAGAUUGAUGAGCCUAUUGUCGAUCCUGACACGGACAGUGUGGUCGACAAAAAUGUCUUUUGUAUCUUUGCCCAUGGUACUGAAAUUAUUGCCAAGAUCAAAAAGAUUUCUGAAAGUUUGGGAGGCACUUUGUAUUCAAUUGACGAUUCUGUGGAUAAGCGUCGUGAUUCUCUUUUGCAGGUCACUUCUCGUAUUGAAGACUUGAACAAUGUUCUUUCUACCACAAAUCAAACGCGUCGUUCAGAAUUACUCAAGAUCUCUGAAAAUGUGACAGCCUGGACAACCAUUGUUCGUAAAGAAAAGGCUAUAUACCACACUAUGAACUUGUUUAAUUAUGAUGUUAAUCGUAAAUGUCUUAUUGCUGAAGGCUGGUGUCCUACAAAUGAUAUUGCCCUUGUUCAGCAAUCCUUAAAAGAUGCCACUGAUGCUUCAGGCACAAGUCUUCCUUCCAUUCUAACUGAAUUGCAGACUAAAAAGACACCUCCUACAUACCACCGCACCAAUAAAUUCACAGAAGGUUUCCAAGGUAUCAUUGAUGCCUAUGGUAUUGCCCGUUACCGUGAAGUAAAUCCUGGUCUGUUUACCAUCAUUUCUUUCCCUUUCCUUUUCGCGAUGAUGUUUGGUGAUAUUGGUCAUGGUGCCAUCAUGUUCUUAAUUGCUCUCUACCUCUGCCUUAACGAAAAGAACUUGGCCAAACAAAACGGUGAAAUCUUUAGCAUGUUCUUCAGUGGUCGUUAUAUGAUGUUAAUGAUGGGUCUCUUCUCUGUCUUUACGGGCGCUAUCUAUAACGAUGUCUUUUCUCUUUCCUUGAAUCUCUUCCAAUCUGGUUUUGAUAUGCCUUCAAACUAUACUUCAACUGAGACUGUUGAAUCUUUACCCAAUGGCCAUGUCUAUCCUUUUGGUCUUGAUCCUGCCUGGCAUGGUUCUGAAAACUUCUUGUUGUUUACCAACUCUUACAAGAUGAAGCAAGCUAUCAUAAUUGGUGUGAUUCAUAUGUCAUUUGCUGUCUGCUUGAAUGUGUUUAACCAUGUUUAUUAUAAGCGUAAGGCUUUUGUCUGGCUUGAAUUCUUGCCUCAAAUCUUGUUUUUGGAAUCUAUCUUUGGUUACCUCAUUUUCUGUAUCAUGUACAAAUGGAGUGUAAACUGGUGGGAACUUGAUUCUGAGGGCCAUCAUAUCCACAACCCUCCUCCUAAUCUCUUGAACAUGUUGAUCUAUAUGUUCUUGACACCUGGUACAGUGAAUCCUGAAGAACAACUUUAUCCUGGCCAAGGCCCUGUUCAGUUGUGUUUGAUUCUACUUGCUGUUGUGUGUGUGCCCUGGAUGUGGUUUGCUAAGCCAUUCUAUCUUAAACGAGAAGCCAGCAAGCAUCAUUAUGAGACAGUGGCUAAUGAUGAUACUAUGGAUGAAGAACAACAUGCUUUUGAAUUCAGUGAAGUCAUGAUUCAUCAAACUAUUCAUACCAUUGAAUUCUGUCUUAACUGUAUUUCCAACACUGCUUCUUAUCUUCGUCUUUGGGCUUUGUCUCUUGCCCAUGCCCAAUUAUCCAGUGUCUUAUGGGACAUGACACUCAAGAUUUGGUUUGGUUUUACUGGACCACUUGCUGUCAUUGGUCUCUUUAUUGGUUUCUCUAUGUGGUUUGUAUUGACACUUGCUAUUCUUUUGUGUAUGGAAGGUCUAUCUGCUUUCCUUCAUGCUCUUCGUUUAAUGUGGGUUGAAUUUGAUGGUAAAUUCUAUAAUGGUGAUGGUAUCAAAUUUGAACCUUUCACUUUCACUACUGUAUUGAAUCCUACAACAGAAUAA